AUGACUACUUUGCAGUAUCUUCCACCAGUCAAGCCCUCUGCCAUCGCGCUGGGCACCGUUUUCACUCACACCGCUUCUCUGGGCAUUCUCGCUCCAGUUUUUGGUGACGCAUACCACCGUGCUCAAGCUGCAAAUUCCAAAGAAGAGUUUGUCAGAUCCAAAGAGACUGCCAGUGCCGCCGCCGCCUGGGGAAGCUCCUUGGUUGGAAGUGCUUUGCAAACAUAUGGAGUGGCGGCUCUUAUUAAUGCCACUGGAACUCUGACCUAUAAAGGCGCAGCAUACCUGGGCACACUUAUUUUUUUCGCGAGCUCGGUUCCAAGUUUGUUUUCACAGAUUUUCACAGAGAAGAGGCCACUGGACAUGAUUGCUGUUGGUGCUGUUAGCCGGGUAUUUGAGACAGUAGGCCUCAGUCUCUUCCUCACGUGGUGGGGAACGCGCACAAAUCCUUUCGACUAA